AUUGGGCCAAGAUGGCGGCUGUAGCAUAGUGCGUUUUCGCAUAUUCGUUUUUUUCAAGAAAAAUCGCUUUAAAAAGUGAUAAUGACUACAAUUGCGGAUUUGUUCACAAAGUAUAAUUGCACAAAUUGUCAGGAUGAUAUCCAAGGCAUACGUGUGCAUUGUGCUGAGUGCGAAAAUUUCGAUCUAUGCCUGCAAUGCUUUGCGACUGGCGCAGAGAUUGGCGCACAUCAAAACAACCAUGCUUAUCAGUUUAUGGACACCGGUACGGCAAUAUUGAGCGUAUUCCGGGGCAAAGGAGCUUGGACUGCACGCGAGGAGAUUCGAUUGCUGGACGCAAUUGAGCAGUAUGGUUUCGGCAAUUGGGAGGACGUAAGCAAGCAUAUUGAAACCAAAUCGGCCGAGGAUGCCAAGGAGGAGUAUGUAAAUAAAUUUGUAAAUGGCACAAUUGGCAAGGCGACCUGGACGCCGGCUCAGUCUCAGAGACCCAUCCUCAUCGAUCACACAGAAGAUGAUACUGGUCCACUGGGCGCCAAUGCACUUGCCCGCCUGCCACCCCUAGAGAUAAGCAACGAGGAGGCGCUCCAACUGGGCUACAUGCCCAAUCGUGAUAGCUUUGAGCGCGAAUAUGAUCCCACAGCCGAGCAGUUGAUCUCCACAAUAACGUUCAGCUCGGAGGAUGUGGAAAUCGAUGUGAUGCUGAAACUGGCCCACGUCGACAUCUACACCCGUCGCCUCCGAGAGCGUGCCCGGCGAAAGCGUAUGGUGCGGGACUAUCAACUGGUGUCCAACUUCUUUCGCAACCGCAACUAUGCCCUGCAUCCGGGCCUGAGCAAGGAGCAGAAAGAGUUCCGUGAUCGCUUUCGCGUCUUUGCUCAAUUCUAUACCAGCAACGAGUAUGAACGUCUACUCGGCUCGCUGGAGCGGGAGAAGGAACUGCGCAUACGACAGUCGGAACUGUAUCGAUAUCGCUACAAUGGCAUCACCAAGAUCGAUGAUUGCUGUCACUUUGAGCAGCACGCGGCCAUGGCAUCGCAUCGUUCCACGGGACCAUAUGGCCACGGGAAGACUGACAACACACAGCUUUACAAUGGAAGUCUUCGGCCGCUAAGCUCUUCCUUGCACUCCCCGCAAGCGAAUCCCAGAAAGGCCGAACCGUUAAGCGGCGCCGAGGCAAGUUCAAGUUCAAUCGCACCAAGAAGCAUGCACCACAUCGGCGACCCGAUCUGCUCCGGCGCAUUAUUGCCCAGCAGAAACUACUUGGAUAGCUAUCGGACAUCGUCGGCAGCUACGACAACGACGAUGCUGCCGACGACAAUGACGAUGGGGAUGGGGGUGGGGGUGGGAAUGGGAUCGGGCAUGGCAAUGACACUGGAUUCGACAAUAACAGCGACGGCAGCGACUUCCACGGCUACGAUGACGGCAGUGCAGGCGAACCUGCCACAGUCGACAGCAGCAGCAGUAGCAGCAGCGAAGGGCAACCAACAACAUCAGCAGCAGCUGCUGCAAAGCGGCGCCAAGUCACAGUUGCAUCAGCAGUUGCACCUAAGCGAACCCGCCGCCGCAGGCAGCCAUAAUCCGCCGGAGGAGACAACACCUAGUAUGAGCUAUAUACUGCGCACACAGUUGGAUGAACUGAAGCGUCUGCCACAGCCGCUUGGCAGCAAUCUGCUCAGUCACAAUGAGCUGGAUGUGUGCAAGAAGCACAACAUUACACCCACAACGUAUUUAUCAUUGAAGACAGUCUGCCUAAGUGGUGCUCCAUCGUUGGGCAGUCCUAUGGAAAUUUCACUGCGCAAGUUCUUCAUCAAAUGCGGCUGGCUGAGCCACUGAUUCAUUUCGAUAUCCGAUUCCCGAACACACAAAAGAUAUCCUGCUUCAAAGACUUCACAUUUGAUUUUAUUAUGUAGUUAUUAUAGUUUAAACAAAGAGUAUGAUAAUAGGUUGCCCUAAACAAUAUGUAUACUGUUUUUGUACAGAUUUCGUUGUUGCCAUUAAGGUAAACUACAUAAAACCAUUUGUAUGCAUUUCGAUUUAACUUGUAUCAAGUCAGAAUGACAACUGCCAUUCUCUAAGCGUGUCAACUUAAUUUAGACAAGAACUGUUUCCAAACAGCAAAGAAAACAAAAACAAAAGAAAAUGCGCUUCUUUUUUUAAAUAUAUAAUAUAAUAUAUAACGAAUAUAUGUGAGAUGUGAGAAGGACAUACAAAGCUCCGAUUCGGAUAAUUUGUACUGUCCAUAAGAUUAAGUAGGGCACCUAAACAAUUGUAAUUCGAGUAUUUAAUGAAGUGUAUACUUAUGAAUAAAUAAAUGUAUUGAAUUCA